AAAAAGUACAAUAAAGACUCACUAUUAGGGCUGUACUUCUGCUUUCAAUACUAUUUACGGAUCAUAAUGUUAUAUAAUACAUUUCCCAUGAUGGGCAAAGUCCAUUCUAAAUUUUUACGAGGAGACAUUUGAGUACAGUGCUCCAGUUUAACAGCUGCUAUCCAUGUGAUGAGACAUGGCAGAACAAAGUCCGGCCAAAAAAGUAAGGAAUCAGGUCAAGGGAUUCCUUUGCGACGUGAGCCCCAUAAAAGACACAUAUUUUGAUGCCGUUCUUCAACAUGAAGGUGAAUAUAGCAAAGUUGUGGUCUUCAGACCACAAGAUCACAUGCACUUCCACAAGGCUGUAAAGGCCCGGAGCCUAGUUACACUAGAGGAUGUGGUUUUACAGCCGUCUAAGGAGCCCAGCAGAAGAAUGAACGUCUUCUACACUCACAGCUCCAAAAUGUCUUGUGUUCGUGACCUCGGAGAAGCGUUUAACAACAGCUUGUCUGCUGGACCACAAACUGUGCAACUGUCUGAACUCCUUAACAUGGAUACAAGGCCAAAGAGAGUGAGCAUUAAUGCAAAGAUUAUCCAAGAGGUAUGCAAGGGAGACGGCUUUGUAUGGGAUGGACGGUAUCUUCCAAAAACAAUAUAUACUGUAGCAGAUACUACGGACUGCAUGAGUCUGACGGUCUGGCGUGAGCACAGCAUUACUGUGGGUGAAUGGUACAACAUCACAAAUGUCUCUUUGAGAGACUUUGGGGGCAAAACAUCCUUAUCAACUACCAAAGACACACAGAUCAUCAGCAUCCCAUCUCAAGGUACAGUGGCUGCUGUUCAAGUGCCAACAGAAACUAUUAAAUGUGACAUCAUUGGUACAAACAUUAAAAAUCUCUUCAUUUGUCCAUAUAAGCACAAACUGAAGAACGUGACACUGUCAAACCCAACUAUAUAUUGUGUCUCAUGCAACACACAUUAUAAAAGCACCGCCAUCAUAAUGAAGGUAAGUGGUCACCUGGAUCUUAAAACAGAAACAGGAAAUGUUGUGAAGGCGAAGAUCGAAGACGAGGUCAUAAGGUCAGUGCUCACAGUCAAUCCCAGUACAUCACGACAAGACAUGAUUAAGAGCUUUAUUGCUCUGCCACCCAUGCAGUUUACAGUUCGCGAGAACGUCAUUGUCAAGAUAGAAGAUGUUCCUUGGAAGACUGAAAUCAAAGAUGAACACAAGAUUAAUAUUAAAGUGGAACCCGUGGAAGAAUCUGCAAAGUUUUACUCACCCCCGGAUCAUGGCUUUCUGUUCAGUUCGCAAAUCAGAAAAAGAAAAUCUACUGACUGACUCUGAACUUCCCAUUACUGUACAUUUCAGCAUAAGGACAGUCUAACACAGACAAUGUCUGAAUAAACGUUAUAUAAUGGCGUUAAUUUAAAAAAAGAAAGCAAAAAACUCACACAUUUAAAUAUAACCACUGUUACGUAAAAAUAAGACUGUGUUUUUAGUGAGUAAUCUGCUUGGUGAAAUUGAAAGUAUAUCUCCGUGUCUGUGACCAAUAUUUACCGAGCUCUGAUGACUGAGGGGUUCGUACUUAUGUCAUGAUUUGGUCAGUUACCCGGAUGCGCGGCCAUAUUGGCGAUACUCGGAUGUAAACAACAACAUUAACUGCAUGGUUAAUGUACUACUGAACAAUUCUACUUCUAAUUUAUGCUGUCUAAAACACUGAAAAAAACGUGUGGAAGCUGCUAAAUCAUAUAGGGAAGACUUUGUACGCAGGAAAGUGUGCAAUAUCUUGACAAACUAAACUUAAUAGGUAGUAAAGAUACAUACGAGCAGUAUUAAUAAAGAUUAUUUCACCUACCUGACCGGAAAUGAUAAGAACAAACACAAACGUUGGCAAGAUUCUUGCCCUGGAAAUCCUGGUUCAGGUUUUUUUGCACUAUUUUCCUUGAUUUGUUUUAACUUUUGGCAGUCUGUAGUACUCCAAAUGUUUUUCCCCAUCCAACCGAUUUGUACAGCCUAAAAGAUGACAAUAAUUGACCAUUUUAAGCAGCAAUAAUCAGCAAAAUAUGCAAGUUUUGCUUGAUUCAGUGCCAUUGUUUACAUUCCGUGCCACCAAUAUGGCUGAUUGAUGACGCAUCUUGAAUACACUCUUUUAAAAAGAAUAGCUGAACAUAAGCUGACAAAUAAAAUAUAUUGUUUAAACUGUUA